CCCGUGUUUGGCUGAAUCAUUUCAUCCAUCAUACCCAGAAUGCAAAGUGAGACAGCGAAACCUCAGCAGCCUUGAGCUUUUCAGGUUAUCAUGGCGAUAAGAGACACAUCCUCACCUUGAGUCCCCGCAGCAACUAAAGGAUUUCUCUCUCCGCUUCAUGAACACACACACCGAGUCCCGUGCAGUGCGGAGACCUGCCGGAGUUUUGGCCCAGAUUGGAGAGAGGACAUAGCGAGUGACCGCCAUGGCAGCGUCGGAGCUGUACACAAAGUGUGCUCGGGUGUGGAUCCCCGAUGCCGAGGAGGUGUGGAAGUCUGCUGAGCUCACCAAGGACUACAAAAAUGGCGACGCCUCCCUGCUGCUCAUGCUCGAGGAUGGAACGAACAUUGAGCACAAGCUGGACCCCAAGACGAAGAACCUGCCUUACCUGCGAAACCCUGACAUCCUGGUGGGCGAGAAUGACCUCACAGCGCUCAGCUACCUCCAUGAGCCGGCCGUGCUGCACAACCUCAAAGUCCGCUUCAUCGACUCCAAGCUCAUAUACACUUACUGUGGAAUCGUCCUGGUGGCCAUCAAUCCGUAUGAGACGCUGCCAAUCUAUGGAACCGACAUCAUCAAUGCCUACAGCGGUCAGAACAUGGGAGACAUGGACCCACACAUUUUUGCUGUGGCAGAGGAGGCUUACAAGCAGAUGGCCAGGGAUGAGAGGAACCAGUCAAUCAUUGUAAGUGGGGAGUCCGGAGCAGGAAAGACAGUAUCAGCCAAAUACGCCAUGAGAUACUUUGCCACGGUCAGCGGCUCUGCCAGCGAGGCCAACGUAGAGGAGAAAGUCUUGGCUUCCAACCCCAUCAUGGAGGCCAUUGGAAAUGCAAAGACCACCAGAAAUGACAACAGCAGUCGUUUUGGCAAAUACAUCGAGAUCGGCUUCGACAACCGCUACCGCAUCAUUGGUGCCAACAUGAGAACAUAUCUGCUGGAGAAAUCACGAGUGGUCUUUCAGGCGGAUGAGGAGAGGAAUUAUCAUAUCUUCUAUCAGCUCUGUGCAUCAUCCCAUCUGCCUGAGUUCAAGACUCUGAAACUGAGUAGUGCAAACGACUUCCUGUACACGAGGCAGGGCCGCAGCCCCGUUAUCGACGGUGUGGACGACACCAAGGAGCUGUGCACCACUCGCAAUGCCUUCACAUUGCUCGGUAUCAAUGAGUCCUAUCAGAUGGGGUUGUUCCAGGUCUUGGCUGCUAUUCUUCAUCUGGGAAACGUGGAAAUAAAGGACAGAGAUUCAGACAGCAGUCUCAUUCCUCCCAACAAUCGCCACCUGACGGCGUUCUGCGACCUGGUGGGCGUGACCUACCAGGACAUGGCUCAGUGGCUGUGCCACAGGAAGCUGAAGACGGCCACAGAGACGUAUAUCAAGCCCCUCCCUCGUCUCCAGGCUACCAACGCCCGUGACGCGCUGUCCAAACAUAUCUACGCCAAACUCUUCAACUGGAUCGUGGAGCAUGUCAACAAGGCUCUGAUCACCAACGUCAAACAGCAUUCUUUCAUCGGGGUCCUCGACAUUUAUGGGUUUGAGACAUUUGAGAUCAACAGCUUUGAGCAGUUCUGUAUCAACUAUGCCAACGAGAAACUGCAGCAACAAUUCAACAUGCACGUGUUCAAACUGGAGCAGGAGGAGUACAUGAAGGAGCAGAUCCCCUGGACUCUGAUUGACUUCUACGACAAUCAGCCCUGCAUUAACCUCAUAGAAGCCAAGAUGGGAAUCCUGGACCUGUUGGACGAGGAGUGCAAAAUGCCUAAAGGUACAGAUGAUUCUUGGGCUCAGAAACUGUACAACACCCACCUGAAGACCUGCUCCCUCUUUGAGAAGCCACGCAUGUCCAACCGCGCCUUCAUCAUCCAGCAUUUUGCUGACAAGGUCGAGUACCAGUGUGAAGGUUUCCUGGAGAAGAACAAGGACACUGUGAAUGAAGAACAGAUCAAUGUGCUGAAGGCUAGCAAGUUUGACCUGCUGGUGGAGCUGUUCCAGGACGAAGAGAAGGCAACCAGUCCCACUGGUCAGGUCCCCGGGACGGGAGGCCGGACUCGCCUCAGCAUCAAACCUGACAAGGGCCGGGACAAAAGCAGCAAAGAGCACAAGAAGACCGUCGGCUGCCAGUUUCGUAACUCUCUGCAAAUGCUGAUGGAGACUUUGAAUGCAACCACUCCACACUAUGUCCGCUGCAUCAAACCCAACGACUUCAAGUUGGCCUUCUCGUUUGAUCCUAAACGUGCAGUGCAGCAGCUCAGAGCCUGUGGUGUCCUGGAGACAAUCCGCAUCUCUGCUGCAGGUUUCCCAUCCAGGUGGACGUAUCAGGAGUUCUUCAGCCGUUACAGAGUGCUGAUGAAGCAGAAGGAUGUGCUCCCUGACAAGAAGUUGACCUGUAAAAAUGUUUUGGAGAAACUAGUACAGGACCAAGAUAAAUACCAAUUUGGUAAGACCAAGAUCUUCUUCAGGGCCGGCCAGGUCGCCUAUCUGGAGAAGCUGCGUGCGGACAAGUUGCGCGCUGCCUGCAUCCGCAUCCAGAAAACCAUCCGUUGCUGGCUGGCACGCAAGAAGUAUCUGCGCAAGCGCAGCGCUGCCAUCACCAUCCAGAGGUUCACCAGAGGAUACCAGGCCCGCUGCCUGGCCAAGUUCAUGCGUCGCACUCAGGCGGCCACCAUCAUCCAGAAGUACCAGAGGAUGUACGUGGAGAGGAAACGCUACAGGCAGAAGCAGGCUGCUGCCCUGGCCAUGCAGACAAUCCUCAGAGCUUAUAUGGCCCGGCAGAAGUACCAGGCGCUACUGAGGGAGCACAAGGCAGUGAUCAUCCAGAAACACAUUCGUGGCUGGUUGGCUCGGUGCUGGUACAAGCGAUGCCUUUACUCCAUCGUCUACCUGCAGUGCUGCAUCCGCAGGAUGAGGGCCAGGCGCGAGUUGAAGAAGCUGAAGAUCGAGGCUCGCUCAGUGGAGCACUUCAAGAAGCUCAACAAAGGCAUGGAGAACAAGAUCAUGCAGCUGCAGAGGAAGAUCGACGAGCAGAACAAGGAGAACCGGUCAAUCAGCGAGAGACUCAUCGGCCUGGAGAAUUCCUACUCCACAGAGAGCGAGCGAAUGCGCAGCGAGCUGAGCCGGCUGCGUGGGGUGGAGGAGGACGCCAAGAACAAAAGCAACCAGGUGGUGUCGCUGCAGGAUGAGCUGGAGCGGCUCAGGAAGGAGCUGAGUGCCACGCAGCAGGAGAAGAAGACCAUCGAGGACUGGGCACAGACAUACAGGGACGAGAUGGAGAAAAUGGUCUCAGAGCUGAAGGAUCAGAAUGGCAUGCUGAAGACGGAGAAGGACGACUUGAACAGGUUGAUUCAGGAACAGAGUCAGCAGAUGACAGAGAAAAUGGCCCGUGCGAUAGCAGAGGAGACUCAGCAGCUGGAGACAGAUCUGAACGAGGAGCGCUCUCGCUACCAGAAUCUCCUGACAGAACACCUUCGCCUCGAGGAGAAAUACGACGACCUGAAGGAGGAGAUGGCUCUUUCCUCGAACGUCUCCAAGCCUGGUCACAGGAGAACAGAUUCCACCCACAGCAGCAACGAAUCAGAGUACACCUACAACUCAGAGUACGCCGAAUUGGAAGAAGGUUCCCGGGCCGCCGAAGAUGUGACACGAGGAAUAGACACUUCACUAACCCUCAAGCUGCAGAAACGUCUUACAGAACUGGAGCAAGAAAAGCAAUCGCUGCGCAACGAGCUGGAAAACAAAGAAGAACAGUUCCAGCGGGCUAGAGCCAGGGAUGAUGCAGAGUUUAAAAAGGCUCGUGGGGCAGAGCUGGAAUACGAGUCCCUCAAGCGUCAGGAGCUGGAGUCUGAGAACAAGAAGCUGAAACAUGACCUGGCAGAGAUGAGGCAAAGCCUGCUGGGUGACGCAGCUACAGGUGCCGGGGCCCCGGGCUCCCCCGCUUACAAGGUGCUGCUGGAUCAGCUCAAUGCCUCCUGUGAGGAGCUGGAGGUCCGCAAGGAGGAGGUGCUGAUCCUGCGCUCCCAGCUGGUCAGCCAGAAAGAAGCCAUGCACCACAAGGAGACCAUGACUGAGCCAUCUGUCUUUGUUGAGGAUGUGUCUAAGCUGAAGGAUGCUGAUGAACUCAAACAAGCUUACAUAGGCCUCAAAGACACCAACAGAUCUCCUAGGUUCAUGCGUAAGCCGCUGGAAGUCAAUGAUCUCCUGAGUAGGCUCAGAUCUGCCGCUCCAGACUUCCAUAAGCUGAAUGAGGACGGAGAGCUGUGGCUGGUUAAUCAGGGCUUAAAGGAGACCAUCAGGUUGCUGGAGCACCAGCUGCAGACUCAGCGAAGAAGUUACGAUAAUGAGGUGGAGGCGUUGCGCGGCGAGCUGCAGAAUGUCAAGGAGGAGAACAACCGUCAGCAGCAGCUAUUGGCCCAAAACCUCCAGCUGCCUCCAGAGGCCCGAAUCGAAGCCAGUCUGCAACACGAGAUCACCCGGCUCACUAAUGAGAAUCUGGAACUCAUGGCCGAGGACCCCACAGCAUCCAGAGAGGCUCGAGUCAUCAUUUUACGACGGAUGGUUGAUCUCAUGGAGCAGCUUGAGAAGCAGGACCGAACCAUCCGCAAGCUCAAGAAACAGCUGAAGGUUUACUCCAAGAGGAUCGGAGAGAUGGGAGCGGGUCAAACCGAGGGCCAGACGUCUCCGGGACAGAUGGUGGACGAGCCAAUCCACCCGGUCAACAUUCCCCGCAGGGAGAAAGACUUCCAAGGAAUGCUGGAGUACAAGAAGGAGGAUGAGCUCAAACUGGUGAAGAACCUCAUCCUAGAACUGAAGCCUCGUGGUGUGGCCGUGAAUCUGAUCCCAGGUCUGCCAGCCUACAUCCUGUUCAUGUGUCUGAGACAUGCUGACUAUGUCAAUGAUGACCAGAAGGUCCGCACUCUGCUCACUUCGACCAUCAACAGUAUUAAGAAGAUAUUGAAGAAACGAGGAGACGACUUUGAGACAGUUUCCUUCUGGUUGGCCAACACCUGCCGCUUCCUGCACUGUCUGAAACAAUACAGUGGAGAUGAGGCCUUCAUGAAGCACAACACAUCGAGGCAAAAUGAACACAGUCUGUCCAACUUUGACCUGGCGGAGUACAGACAGGUGAUCAGUGACUUGGCCAUCCAGAUCUAUCAGCAGCUGAUCAAAUGCAUGGAGAACAUCCUCCAGCCCAUGAUAGUCUCUGGCAUGCUCGAACAUGAGACCAUCCAGGGCGUUUCGGGGGUGAAGCCCACGGGUCUCCGUAAGCGGACGUCCAGCAUCGCCGACGAGGGCACCUAUACCCUGGACUCCAUCCUGCGGCAGCUGAGCGCCUUCCACUCCACCAUGUGUCAGCACGGCACCGACCCCGAGCUCAUCAAGCAGGUGGUGAAGCAGCAGUUCUACAUCAUCGGAGCUGUCACCCUCAACAACCUGCUGCUACGCAAGGACAUGUGCUCCUGGAGCAAAGGCAUGCAGAUCAGGUACAAUGUGAGCCAGCUGGAGGAGUGGCUCCGAGACAAAGGUCUGAUGACGUGCGGAGCCAAGGAGACUCUGGAGCCUCUGAUCCAGGCAGCUCAGCUACUGCAGGUGAAGAAAAAGACCGAUGAGGAUGCCGAGGCCAUCUGCUCCAUGUGCCAGGCCCUCACCACCGCUCAGAUCGUGAAGGUCCUGAAUCUCUACACUCCAGUCAACGAGUUUGAGGAGAGAGUGUCAGUUGCAUUCAUACGAACCAUACAGACUCGCUUACGAGACCGUUGUGAGAGCCCUCAGUUGUUGAUGGACACGAAGAUGAUAUACCCGGUCACCUUCCCGUUCAAUCCUUCCUCCCUCGCUCUGGAAACCAUCCAGAUCCCCAGCUCGCUCAACCUGGGCUUCCUCACCCGCGUCUAAACCCAGGCCCCACGAGACGGCUCCGAGCCCUGCGGUGCACCCACUGGCCCCAGAAGCCCCAUACACAAUCAUCACAAGACAAAUAAAUACAUUUUUCUGAGCAUCACCUACACACAAAAUUAGGAUUUGUAUCAAUACAAUUUGAGCAAUUAUGUCCAAAAUACUUAUUUAAAAAGUCUCUUGUUAAAUAUCCCCGGUCUAAAUCUGGACAUGAACACACACAACAUGCGAAAUUAAACACACACAACCCACCACAUGCUGAACAUUCAACAUGCAUCUGUACAAUAGUUCCAUCCACUGAACGUACACAUGCACGCCUACACUUACGUGCACCUUCUCUCCAACAAAAAAUAAAUAAAAAAAUGCACAGAUAAACACACAACCAAGUCGUUGCCGUCGCCGCCGGUGGUUUAAAUCUGGCUGUAAAACACCACAAUCCAUCCACUGCUUGUAUAAACGCCUGCCUCUUAGAGAAGCCACAGGACCAGAUCAAAGCCUCCAGUGCUUGCUCUCCAUCGACACCUGGGUGUGACUUAGCUACCCCAGCUCCCUCCUCUGUGUUUCAGCUAGUGGUUACAAUAAUUCUUCUCUUCUCGUCUCGUCGUCUCGUUCUCCAGUGAGAAUGUGCGUACUCAUAACACGAGAGCAGGCCCAAAAGGAGGUGCUGAGGCCUCGCGAGAAGGAAUAGCUUGAUAUUUUUUGUUUGUACCAGUACAAAGCCUGUUGAGUGCUAAUGUUAGCUCUCUCGCUCUCUCGCUCUCUCUCUCUCUCUCCACCCCAUGUUGAGGUAACCACACAGUCUCUGAACACAGUCAAGCCAAGACAGAACUCAUUGUCUGUACUAUAUUAUUUAUACAUAUAUAAAUAUAUAUAAAUAUGAAUAAUAUAUAUCAUGUAUUUUAUUUAUUGCAUUUACCUCCGUCCCCACCCUCCCUUUUUAAGAGUAGAAGCUUCCUCUUUGCAGAAAGUACGUCUGGUAUGAAGGAUGGGACCAUCAUUUCCCAACAUGAACAGCUCUGUAAAGACCAUUUUAGUUCCACUGUAGGGUAUUUAUGUCAAUAUCAGGUAAAUUAUAUGUAGGAUAGGUUAACGAGUGCCGGCACAGAUGAUUAUUUGUAAGGUCACUUAGCUUAGAGAUGUUGCUUUGUCAUAAUAUAAAUCCUGCGUUUCUGGCAGAUGAAGUGUAGCACGGGUUUUAACGGAGGAGAGAUUUAGAAGGUACGAGGUUUAAACCCUGUCAAAGGGUUUAACCUGCUACAAUCUUUACUGUUUACAGCUGUGACUAGAGCUGAGCGUCACAGGAAACACUGGCACAAAGACAUUUAUUCACACUACAGUACAAACACUGAUAUACACACUCAUACACACCUGCUUACUGCUGUGUCACCGGGGGUUUUGCACCCCAAACACUUUCUUCUCGCUACUUGUCUUCGCUGGUCACAGCUCUAGUCAGAGCUUUGAAAAUGUUUUACUGUCAUCGUAAUUAUUUAUUUCAGUGUCGUUAUUUUCUCAUAUGUAUCGUAUAAAGCCAUGUAUUACUGGGCAGAAUGGAGAGAAACGGUUUCACCGAAGUUGGUUUUGGAGAGUUUGCCACAGAUCUGUGAAGCUUUACACAUAUUUUCCUCUGCUGUAUCUUCACACUAACAUUUAACUGCAGCUUUGUGAACCGAUUUCCUCUCACGUCUCCCACCUGUCCACCCCUAUGCCUUCCUGUUUAGUGGCCAAGAAAACACAACAUGGGCUUUUAACCAAAAAAUACUGACAUAGGAAGAGAUGUUUUUUAUUCUCUUUGGUGCACGGGUUGUUUUGGUUCAGAUAUCCCAGACACAUUCACAGGCUGAGGAUGAUAUUGCACCUCAGUAUGGCUACAGUGUGGUUUACAGCAUGCACUGCUGCUGCCCCGCCCCUGUUAAACUUGCAUGGGCUUAGCUUUACCAGCUACCAGAAAUUAACCACGCAUGCCACUGCUUAUUUUCUUUACUAUUGGAGAAACCUUGGUGUAGCUAAGUCGUUAGAUGAGUGUCAGGGAAUCUGCCCAUGUUGUUAGAGAAAGUCCUUUGUCUGUAGUAAAGUUGUCCUCGCUGCCUCUUGUUUAGCACUUUUAGUUUACCUCCUGUUGUGCCAUUAGUAUUAGCAGUCAACCAAAUUUGCCUCCUGCCCUCAUGUGAACCUUAUUUGCCUGUUGACCUUAUCCCUUAACAAUGUAAUUAUUUUUCUUUUAAGGUGCUCAUAUACAAAAAAGAUUGUGAAUGGUCACCAAAACAGAACUUUUUUUUUAAUCUAAAAUUUUUUUGAAAACUUAGUCUUAAAAAUGAGUCCUCUAAAGCAGCAAAUCAACCAAGGAUGAAAAAUAUUUGCAGGAGUGAGAUCCAGGGAAAUAUGAGCGGAAAUGUGCAGAAAAAUAAAAAAUGUUUUAUCUGAAGUGAAACAUCUCAUUAAAUGACAUGAAGCAGACCACUCUGACUCUGACAGGAACGAGCCACAGAUGUAAACAAAUUGUAAAUGGGAUAAAGAGAAUUUAGUAUGUGAAGUUAGUUUGUGUUGCGCUUGUCUUUGAAAAUAAUUUGAUAUCCAUAUGUUCGCAUUGGGACCAUUUUAAUCAGUCUGCCUUUUGUUAUAUUGUUUGGAUUUGUAGGUAGUUUAAAUUGUGGUCUGUGUAAAGAGUCCAUAUCUGAAGAGAGAGACAGUAGCUGAAGGAAUUAAUUAACCAUAUGAAUGUUUAAUAAUGGUAAUGCAGUGUAUCAUAAUUUUAGCUGCGCAUUGUGGACAAAGCCUUAUCUGAAUUAUUUGCUAUCUGAAUGAUUUACACACAUCAUCGACAUUGUGGCAUUGUUUUGUUCUGUCAGUGCAGUAUUUUUUUUCCACUGUAAAAUGAGUAAAAAUGUGAUCAUUUUUAUUUUGAUGAGCUGUCCUUUUGUCCUACAGUUGGUGUCACAGAUGGGUUGCUGACAAAAUGCACUUUUUAAACAUUGCCGAGGAAGUCAGAUAAAUAAUAGAUGGAUAUGUUAAAAGAAAUACUUCACACUUCAAGAGCUUUUUCUUCCCUUGAUUUCCCCCUUUUUACACAACUAUGGCCCCUUAAGCUUCUUCUACCACAUUCCCUGUAUGAUUUGAUGCCUCCUUUUCUUAAUCAGUGAUUUUUUUUUCUCGCAGUUUUAUUAAAACCAUCAGCUAAUGCAAGCCACAGGUAAGAAGACACACUCCUGGAAGUUUCACGGAUGCAGCACCAGCCUUUUCAGACUCAGACUAUCCUUGUGGACUGAUGUGAUGAGAGUGUAGAUUUGGAAUGCCGGCCUAGUUUCAGAGGAGAAAAAAAAAACAAAACACGUUCAUUCAUCAGUUGUAUUGUUGAGCAGAGCUGCGGCCUCUUGUUUCCCCCUGGGCUUCUCUUGGGCUCUCAAAGAGGAGAAAAUGUAAUUCCUGUCACUCUGCGUUUUCACAUCAAGGAGAGAGUUGGUUGUAUGAUAUGACGUAGACAUUAUAAAUUACCAUUGUUCUUAUCAGCACUAGCGUUGAUUGUGCCAUUUUAAAAGAUAUAAAUUGUCAAAAACAAAAUAUAUCAUCACCCCAGCUGUUGUGGUACUGGUGUGAACAUGCUGAAGCCAGUACCAAAAUGUGUCCUCUCUAAACCCAUGUGUACAUUUGACAAACUGGACUGUUUGUAGUUUCUGGUAGCUGUGCUUAGUGAAUGUGUUCACCGUUAAGAAACUAAGAAACUUGGAAUAAAUUGUCAAAUCUGUAAAAGUAAAAUAAAAGAAUUCAGCACUGUU